AAAAGUAAGGUUAGCAACAAAACGCACAGCAGCACGUAAACAAGUCUACAAGUUGUGACCGGAAAUUAACAGCCUACUGUCUAUACAUCAAAUACAUAUUUAUUCCAGACUCUGACAUUGCUCGUUCGGAUAUUUCUUAAUAUCUUUAUUUCAAUGUUUUGGAUUUCUGUGUAUUGUUUUGUAUGUUAGGUAUACUGCACUUUUGGAACUAGAAACAUAAGUAUUUCGCUGCAUCUGCAAAAUACUGUAUGUGUACGCGACCAAUAAAAAUAUUAUUCGAUUUGAUUUAAGCUUGCUGUAUCACCAGCUUGCAAAGCUUCCAUUCAAAGUCUGAUCACGUGAAAAAGAAGUGACGGGGAGGGAUUUAAUGACGUACUUCUACACAUCCGCCAAUCACAGCCUUUGUUUUGCGACUUCCCUUUCGAUGAAAACCAUUCUGUCAUGUCGCUGUAGCGUUCAGUGUGGCACUGCUUGGCGGCGAGGAAUGUAACAAUCAUGCGAAACAUGUGUCGGGGUAUAAGUAUAUCACAACGAUUUUUAUUUAUUCACUAGAAAAAUACAUUCACUAUGGCAAAAUAGUAUCCCUGUUAACACAGAAGAGCCGCAAAGUCACUGUCGAGACCGCGAGGUUUUUAAUCGGGGGAGGGCAACUAUUAGCUUGUGAAGCUAACGUUACAUAUACUCGUUUUUGCAACUGACCUCUACCACAACACGGCGCAUUGGACUAGUGGUUAAUAAGUUACACAUUCCUUGUAGUCAGCCCUCCUACCAACCCAAAGUGGUGCCCUGCGUACGGGUCCUGUGAAUAUGAGACAGAAUGAGUCAGAGAGAUACCCUGGUUCAUCUGUUUGCUGGAGGGUGUGGGGGAACGGUAGGAGCAAUCCUGACCUGUCCCCUGGAGGUGGUGAAGACCAGACUACAGUCAUCCCACAUCACACUCUACGUGUCUGAGGUGCAACUCAGUACCGUCAAUGUGCCCAGCGUAGCACGCAUGUCCCCUCCAGGACCUCUACACUGCCUCAAGUUGAUUCUUGAGAAAGAAGGAGCCCGCUCCCUGUUCAGGGGCCUGGGGCCUAACCUAGUGGGCGUGGCCCCCUCCAGAGCCAUCUAUUUUGCUGCAUACUCCAGUGCCAAAGAGAGAAUGAAUGGAGUGUUUCAGCCAGACUCUACACAGGUCCACAUGGUGUCUGCUGGCUUGGCAGGGUUCACAGCCAUCACAGCUACCAACCCUAUCUGGCUCAUCAAGACUCGCAUGCAGCUGGACUCCAGGAACCACGGGGAGAAGCCCAUGAAUGCGUUUGAGUGUUUGCGGCGGGUAUACCAGACAGAAGGCCUGCGAGGGUUCUACCGGGGAAUGUCAGCGUCCUACGCUGGAAUCUCAGAGACUGUGAUCCACUUUGUCAUCUACGAGAGCAUCAAGCGGCGCAUCCUGGAGGCCAAGGCCACGCAGCACAUGGACGAGGAGGAGGAGUCGUCCAAGGAUACCUCAGACUUUGUGGGGAUGAUGCUCGCCGCUGCCACCUCCAAGACCUGUGCCACAUCCAUCGCUUACCCCCACGAAGUGAUCCGGACCCGGCUACGGGAGGAAGGCACCAAGUACCGUUCCUUCUUCCAGACUCUGACCACGGUGCCCAAGGAAGAGGGCUACCGGGCGCUGUACCGCGGCCUCACCACCCACCUGGUGCGCCAGAUCCCUAACACCGCCAUUAUGAUGUGUACCUACGAACUAGUGGUCUACAUGCUAAACGGUUAAACUUUGUCCCUUGCCCUACGACCCCAGAUUAAACCCUAGAGAGAGAUGGGUCUAUGCCCCACGUUGGACCAAUGGCACAAAGAGACCCCCAAGAAACAGGAGAGGGACCAGGUACUCAUCUCUCACACCUCCAGUCCCUCCAUCCUGUCUAAAACGAAAGCAAAUUUUCCCAAAAGCACCCUGUUUUGGGAUGGGGGUUGGGUUUUCAGGGGUGAACGACACAGGAAGAGGGGUUGGUAGACAGGAAAUCACCUUUUAAAGGUGUUUAAAAAGAAGCAGUGUCAUUGAAAAUGAGUUCUUAGGAGCCCUUUCUCUCUCCUUUUCUUGCCCUCUCUUAUUGUCUCCUAAAUAAGCUUCUUUACAAGAGCAUAGCUUACUGGAGCAGGUACAGUGGGAGAACAUUUUAGUCUAACAAUUCUAAUCAUUUCUCUGGUUUGUGUGUCAAGGGGGCAGUAGAGUAGAGGUAAUAGAGGCCUGUUGAGUGCAGGGAGGUCUUAAGAAUUGGGCGAGGUGGAUAGGGGACGUGCCUUGCCUUGCGUGACAACUUCAACUGACCGGUAUAGAUGCACAAUAGUGAUGAGGAAGAGGAGCAAAGGUCAGAUCAGCCCUUGUUUCUGGAUCUCAUUAAACCACAGUUGGACCGCAGGCAUUCAGAACCACACACAGUGCUGGUCGGGUCCGCUUUGCACUCAGGACCAAGCCUGGUCCCCUCCACCCCAGGUCAGCAAGCUCACAGGUCAUCCCUACAGCCAGGUCUAACCUAACCUCUGUGACUGGCUGGCCCCGACUGGCUGGCCGGCCGGCCUUGACUAACACUAGAAGGCUUGAAACUGACUCAUACAGCAGUCUUUACAGUGUUCUCUUUGUGUGGAUGUUCUGUAAAGUGGGUGAUAGUAAGAACCUUUUGACCCACUCCCUCAUACCACCCAGACUGACCAGAAUCAUCCGCCAUUUUAAACUACUUGAAUGUUAAUCAACACAAGGAAUAACUAUGGGAGCAUUGUCUCACAUCAGAUGGCAACUUUGUGUAAAUAUUCUAAGAGAAAAUGCAUAAAAAGUUUACAAACUUAACAAGACAAUUAUAUGAAAUCGUAUGUCUUCAUAAGAUGUAACAUUGUUGCAUUUUUCUACCCAGUCAUGGGAGUUUAAACUGUUUUUUGGGAGAUUGGAGGGUGAACCUCAACCCCAAGGUUUGACCCCUUUGACAUACAGUAUUGAGUGACUCUUUCUGCACUUUUCUAUAGACCUUCUCCGACCUCCAGUUGCAUCUCUUCUUUCCCUGCCUCAGAAUCCACGUGUUACCGAUGAGACAAUCCUCUGUCCGGUGUUCACUUUGGGAAUAGAUGGAAUUCUCUUGUGUACGUGUGUGAAAUGCUACACGAUAAGGAGACCCUCUAUCGCCAUACUUUAUGCAGUAUAUGUGUUUUUACAAGUUGACUACAUUUGGAAAAAAAUGCAUAGUUUUUUGAUGCCUUGCCUUAAACAGAAAGAUGUCUACUUCUUUCGACUCUCUUUAUUUAGCUGGUUUUCCUGUUAUUUUCUGAUUGCUCUGUUUCAAAAUGACAAUGUUCAUCAUCUCCUUGUUUACAUUCAGUCUUGUGUAACCAUAGAGACGACCUUACCUACUGACCUUUCCCCACUCACAUGAUAUGAGCACGAAGCGCCUUCCCAGCACAUGUAAGCAUCACUGCAGCCAUUCAGUCAAAUAUCCACAGGUCACACUAAUGCUAGGAAUAAGGUUCAUACCAUGCUUACUGUUCCUUAAGAGAGGGGUUGCACAACCACAUUUUUAAGUUGCACCUGUAUUCGUCUGUCUGUCUCACUUGUCAUAAUUCAUGAUGUUAGAAACAUUCUAUUCUUAUUGACUUUAAAAUGUCAAUACAUUUACCAUUAAUUUGUAUUGGGUACAAAAUAAUCUGACACACAACCAAAACAAACAGCAAAUGCAUCACACAUUUAUAGUUAUAAUCUUGACGUAAUCAUUACGUGCUAUGAAUAUGGGGCCAAAUACUGAACUUUUUACUACACCUAAGUGCAUUUGUCCCAAUACUUUUGGUCCCCUAAAAUGGGGAGACUGCCAAAACAUGUGUCACUGUCCCAGUACUUGGAGCUCCCUGUAUAAUGAAUCUAUUUUUUAAUUGAUCCAUGAGGGCUGCCAGUUGCCCAUCCCUGACAUGUGCAUGUUUCUACUCUGGGUGUGCCAAUAACCAGAGACAUUUGGUACACUGUUCUUUCACAUGGGUUUGUUCUCAUCUUUCCCCUGAAUGUCUGAAUUGUGUGUUAGAGUGUGUUUCCGUUCCAUAUGAUUCUUGUCAUGCCCUUUUUUGUUUUGUAGGUGUGUCAGUCAUUAAUGGACUAACUGUUGUUCCUUUUCCAUUUGCUCAUGAGGUCUUUGACGAGCCUCCUAGAUGCGUGGCUGACUCUAUGCAUUCUUCUCACACCCCUGGUUUGUAAAACAAAUUUCCAUAAAUGGGAAAGGGUGCUCGGGCAUGUGUGGUUUGAUUGUUUCCAGAAAAUGUCUAACUUUUACCGGCAAGGAAAGAAACAGUUCACUAGUUUUUAUAACCAGCAGAUGGCAGUAUUGGCUUCAGGUGCCUGCAGCAAACUACCAAGUCCCUUAUAACAAACACACCCAAGUUUCCAUUUGUAUUAGUGGUAUGUACGGGAUACAUGGCAUACACCAUCCAACUAAAUGCUUAGGUGCAGGUUCUUUCUUCACAGUGCCACGAACAUAAAGUAAAUGGCUCCGUAAAAUAUUUGAUCAUAAGUAUAAUACAGGAAGGCACAAUUUAUAGUCCAAUAUGUGUUUGAGGGGCAGGUGUUUAAAUAAUGCAGUAUUUAGCGAUCAUGAUAAGAGUGUGACAGUGAGUCAGUCCAGUUGAAGUGGUGCUAAAAGAAUGACUCAUGGGUCUACUGAUGUUGUCAGCCAGACACUGAACAGAAAAACAACCCUCCUACAGCUCCAUACAUGUCCUUUCAGAGGAAUUACCUUCACACAAUACCCUCUACCACACGGUGGACGUGGAACGGCAGUGAGCUGCUCAUUUGUCUUUCAAUAAAGUCUACUUUCUUUCCAUU